AUGAGGAAGAAAGUCCCGGCGUCUUGGGGGAAAGCACCCGGGGACGCUGGCCCCGUCCCCAAGGAGUCCCGGAGCGGGGCCGCCGGGAGUAGCCAGCCCACCGGAGCAGCGGGGAGAGGGGCUCCCGGCGCGGAGGUAGCUGCAGCAGCGGAGGCCUCCGAGGGGCUGGCCAAGCCCCCUUACUCCUACAUCGCGCUGAUCACCAUGGCCAUCCUGCAGAGCCCGCAGCAGCAGCUGCCUCUGAGCGGGAUCUGCGCCUUCAUCCGCCGGCGCUUCGCCUACUACGGCCAGCGCUUCCCCGCCUGGCAGAACUCCAUCCGCCACAACCUCUCGCUCAACGACUGCUUCGUCAAGGUCCCCCGCGAGCCCGGCAGCCCCGGCAAAGGCCACCUGUGGCGCCUCCACCCGGCCUCGCAGGGGAUGUUUCGCAACGGCAGCUUCCUCCGGCGCAGGCAGCGCUUCAAGCGGCCCGCGCCCUCCGCCGCCGGGAUCUUGCUCUUCCCGCCUCCCCCUGGCCCUCUGCUGCCUCCGGCGGUCGGGCCUCUGCCCGCCUGCGCCUCGCCGCCGGCGCCGGAAAGGAGAGCGGGGGCGGCCCGAGGGCCCGUGCAAGCGGGAAACGGGCGCCAGGGUCCCGGGGAGGAAGAAAAGCGGCCCCCGGGGGAGAUCGGCCUGCAGGGCGGCGACAGCAGCAGGUGCUCCUUCAGCAUCGACAGCCUCAUGAAGACGGCGCCUGCCCUGGUGCAGCUGAGCGCUUGGGUCCCCUCCCCUGCCGCCGCCACCUGCAGCCCCAGCGCGGCUCUGCUCUCCCACCCGGAGCGCCUCGUAGCCUCGUGGAGGACCUUGCUGGCUCCCCGCACCGGUCAGGGUCCCGCAGCGCUGUUGGCGGGUCACUCAGAGUUGAUCCUCCGCGUAGAAAGCCCCUCUCCUGCCUUCUAG